ACAUUUCACCCUUUCUUCCUCUCUCUCUCUCUUUCUCGCUCCCACUUUCUCUUUCUUUGCUUUAUAACAUAAUAACCAAUAGAAAAUGACACUUCAUUUGAGAAUUCCACCUUUUGAAGGUUUACUAUUAACGCCAGAAAAAUCAGUGCCUUCCAGUCCAACACUCUCACCCGCUGUAGUGACACACGCCAAUGCAACCACUAAACAUCUUCAUACAAAUGAUCCUAGUGCAGUAGAUUUUGUAGAAUUAACUAGACUCUUACAAACCGUAGCAUCAUGUUCCAAUCGAGCCAAAAAGACAAUAUCUGUCUCUACUUGCUCAACCGACAGUUCUCUGCAUUACCCCAAUACGCCUCCACAAUUCGUCUUCAAAAAGCCUCUUUACAAUCAAUACUACCAUCAGACUCAUUUUCAUCAUGGCUCAUUAACGCCCGUGCAAACAAAUAAUCAUAAUAGCCCCAUCAUCGAUUUAAAGCGGUUCUUUAUCAUGCAGCCACCUGCUGCUGAAGAAGAACAUUUAAACGGGUUUAAACAAAAUAUUUCAGGUCGCUAUGGACAAUGGGGUAAAUAUAUUGGCAAAGGAGCUGGUGGUUCUGUGCGACUCAUUCAUCAAAAAGGAAAAGUGUAUGCAGUCAAACAGUUCCGUAAAAGAACAAAACAUGAAACAGAAAAAGACUAUGUCAAAAAAGUCACUGCCGAGUUCUGUAUAGGCUCUACAUUACAUCAUCCCAAUAUCAUUGAAACGCUCGACCUAUUCCAACAAGAUGAUAACUUUUAUGAAAUCAUGGAGUAUGCUCCCAACGAUCUGUUUAAUGUCGUCAUGAGCGGUAUGAUGUCAAAAGAAGAAGUCGCUUGCUGUUGGCGCCAAUUAUUGAACGGCGUCAGCCAUUUACAUUCCAUGGGUAUUGCUCAUCGAGAUCUCAAGCUAGAUAACUUGGUACUUGAUCAUUUGGGAAUUCUCAAAAUUAUUGAUUUCGGUUGCUCUACUGUCUUUCGCUAUCCAUGUGAAACGAGCAUCAACAUGACCAAAGGCGUGUUCGGCUCAGAUCCUUACAUUGCACCAGAACAGUACACACAGACAGUCUACGACCCUCGUUUAUCAGACAUCUGGUCAUGUGGCAUCAUCUUUGUCUGUAUGACAAUCAAGCGCUUUCCCUGGAGACUACCAAGAAAUUCAGACGCUGCCUUUCGCGCAUUCGCCACCGGUCAACAGAAAUUUCGCCUCUUAAACCUCUUGCCACGUGAGUCCCGUUCGGUCAUGACAAGCAUCUUGGAAAUUGACCCUACGCGUCGUUAUAGCCUCCCAACCGUUAUGAAAGACACUUGGAUUCAGUCCAUCGAUGUCUGCUCCAUAAAUGAACCAGGCGCACGUCAUGUUCACCAUGUUUGGAAGAUAGCAGAACAAAGGGGUAAUUUAGUUGCCAUGACAACCGAACCACCCGGCACUAUAGCAGAAAAAGAGAAAAAACGUCAACAAAAGAAAUUUUGAUCAAAACCAUAACUCACCCCCCACCCCAUUAUCAUUCCUUUUGUAUUUUAGUCACUCCCUCUUUUUUUUUUUUUGGGGCUUAAAAAUAAAAUCACCUUUUUUUUA